UGAUAUCUAAAAAUUAUAAGUAAAGAGAUAAAAGCAGAUUUGAAGGUUAAAAAGUGUAAAUUUUUCUCUAAUUUUAAGAUAGGAAUGAACUUUUGGUUUCUGAAAAUAUUUGACAUUUACUGGUGAAGAUUUAAAACUUGAAAGAAAAAUGAAUUUAGCUGAUGGGGCAGGAUUUGCGUCACGUUAUGAAGUUAUAUUAAUCGUCGCGAGGGUCUCCAUCGUUGCGGCAAUUGGAUUUUUUAGCAUGCGAUGGAUUAUGAAUCAAUUGGAUCCCACUACACAAGCUAAAAAACAGGCUAAAAAGAAGGCACAAGAUCAACUUCGUCGACUUGCGGAGUCGGAUAAUGUUCUCACUGUUGACAGUGAGCAUUUAACUGAUUAUGAAAUGAUGAUCGCCAGUCAUUUAGUUGAUCCACAUGAUAUUAAAGUAUCCUGGCAGAGUAUAGCGGGACUUGAAAAUGUUAUUCAAGAAUUUAAAGAAACUGUGAUAUUACCAAUCCAAAGAAAAGAACUUUUCGAAGAUUCACAAUUAACACAAGCACCAAAGGGAGUAUUAUUACAUGGACCACCAGGUUGUGGAAAAACUAUGAUAGCAAAAGCAACAGCUCGUGAAGCAAAGACACGUUUUAUAAAUUUGGAUGUCAGCAUUCUCACUGAUAAAUGGUACGGCGAAAGUCAAAAAUUAACGUCUGCUGUAUUCUCACUUGCUGUGAAAAUUCAACCCUGUAUUAUUUUUAUCGAUGAAAUAGAUUCAUUUCUUCGUGCACGUAAUUCUCAAGAUCAUGAGGCUACUGCAAUGAUGAAAGCGCAAUUUAUGUCAUUAUGGGAUGGUUUAAUUACCGAUCCUUCUUGCACAAUUAUUAUAAUGGGUGCAACAAAUAGGCCUCAAGAUUUAGAUAGAGCUAUUUUAAGACGUAUGCCUGCUACUUUCCAUAUUGGAUUACCAGACGAGCAGCAACGUAAAAAAAUAUUACACUUAAUUUUAGAUAACGAACCGAUAGCAGAGGAUUUGGAUAUUUUAAAAUUAGCGAAAUCAACGGAUGGUUUCUCGGGAUCAGAUUUGCAGGAACUUUGCAGAAAUGCGUCAGUUUAUCGUGUACGAGACUAUCUCAGAAAUCACACCACAGAUUUGAAUACUACGCAAGGUACAAAUACGGAUGACGAAGAAUAUCACGAUGCAGUGCGUCCUAUAACAAUGGAUGAUCUUUUGACAUCAUUAAAGAAAAUGAAAACAUCGAAAAUUCAUACAAGUGGUCUACCAAUGACUAAAUUAGAUUUAGACUAAUGAAUCGGUAGUUAAAUUAUUUAUAUAGUCUAUAAUGCAUUUUUCUACGAGAGAAAAUAAUGAAUCUUUAAUUAAUUCAAAAAGAAUUUUUAUUUUUUUGUUUCGAUUUUUUUUUGAGAAUGAAAAUGUAUUGUAUUUUUUGAAAAUUGAGAGAAUGUUUAUUAAAAAAUCAGUUUAAAAUCAAAAAUCAAAGUACUUAAAAAAAUUUGAUGGGAAAAAAUCAAUGAAAGCGAGAAAAGUAUAAGUAUUUUCCAGAAAAAAAUUAGAGGGGCAAGCAAAAGAAAAAAAGUACAAAGCAAAUUUAAUUUCUCAAAUUAUAUACAAAUUGAAAAUAUUCGCUUUAUUAGAAGUGAAAAAUCGAUUUUAUUUAGUAGAGAGAAAAAUAUUUACGAAAAUUGUUGAAUGAAGUAUAUAAAAUGCUUCAUUGAAGAAUAGAUUUUAUUGCUCUUUAAUAGUAUCUUCAAUUUUAUAAAAUAAUUUAAGCAAAGUAGCGUUUUAUUGUAGACUAAAAUUUAAAAAAUUAGAAAAAGACUAAAGAAGAGGGAGAAAUACACAAAAAUAGAAUUAAAAAUGCACGGAAAAUUUCAAUUCAACACUGUAAAUACAUCAAAGAUCUGUGUGUAAAUACAUUUAAUCUUAUCAUAAAUGUUAAAUGUAAGAAAAUUCAUUUUAGUUAAAGAAAAAUUGUUACCAUUUCACAUUAUUCUGUAUUAUGGAAAAUAAAAACUAUUUCUAUCAUGAAA